AUGCAUCGCCAUGGCGCAUACCCCCUCUUCGCCUCCGCCUCCAGGUGCAUAAAACAACCCGCAGGACGGGCCUCUUCCCAAAUUCGCGCCCGCUCCUCGAAGGCACCCCAGGAAAAGCCAAUACCGGCCGCGCUAUGGUCAUCAUCCUCGACUCCAGCAGGGCCAGUACCAGAGAAAGGCAGGAAGACCAGAAAGAGGGACAGGGUGUUUGAGAAGAAAGAAAAGGUCGAUGCUACGUCCCUAGCCGAAAAGCUGGUUCAACUUGGAGAGAGAGGCGACUUGACGCCUACCAGGACUCUGCGCGGGGAGGAGAUGAGGUUGAAGGACGCAAUCAAGGUGGCAGCGAAGACCUCGAGGGCUGGGUACCAAUCCAAAGAAAAACUGGCUUACUUCUCCCAGCCCGACUCUCUUGGCGCUCGGGAAGAUGAAUUGGCCUCGUUUUUGAACAUCCCACCGGGGUCGUUCAUUGAAACGAGACGAAACGACAUGGAAACUCUCGGCAUCGUCCUUGGUACUUCAACACUGCGAAACCAGCGCGUUGUGGUGACUAUGACCUCCAGCGGCGAUCUCUGGCAACACAGAGCUGCCGACGUUUCCUUCAUCAUCCCCUCCUAUAUUCCAGCCAACCUCGCCGACAGAUGCGGUAUCUCUGAAGUGCCAGAAGACGACCGUCAGCUCCAAGCGCGAAUGCAGGUCCUCAAACGUCUACGGGAGAUGAUCCGUCACCUCGAAGGCACCUACAACAAAAUGUCAAAAGAAUACUCCGACAUCUAUUCUCGCGUUCGGUCUCCCAUCCUUGACCAGUGGUCAGAAACAUCUGUCUCCGAGGUAGUCAACAUGCUCGUACACAGCCCUACGCCUUCCUCCAUAUACGCCACCCACCGCUACCUUAUGAACAACAGCCUUCACUUUGUCGCGCGCGACCCCUACAUUAUCUCUCAAACCUUCGACGUGCGGCCUAAAAGCGAAGUACGGGAAAUCGAGCAGGUGAUGGAAUGGAAACGGAUGAAGGACGGUCCUCUGGAGGAUUUCGCGAGAAGGGCCAUGCCGGUCCUUGCAACCAAUCGAGCUCGCCUUGCACAGUCCAGUGGAAACCCUCCGUCUAUGCAGACUGUCAAGAAGAACCCUUGGACACAAAACGACCAGGUCAUAAUCAGGUUCCUGCUUAAUUCCCUGCGCCCUACCCGUUCUUCCCAAUCCGACCCAUACGCCAUUGGCCAAAUCGCAAUCCUCCGACUCCUCUACCCGGACGCGGAAGUAAUCAAAGGCGACGAACUCUAUGACGCCCUCAUCGACUUGGGCGUGAUAUCACCCUGGCAAGACAUGGUCGUGAUGCAAAAGCGACAUGUCCCCGACCCAGAACCGAGUCCCGACAGCAAGCACGCCAGGAAGGUGGAAGAGCUCGUCCAGCGGUCACUUACCAACACCAUCUCGCCGAGCGCGGAUUUACUGGGACCGGAGGACUUCUACCCCACCGACCCGUUGGAGUCCGUCCGUCACGACUUUGGCGAGAUGCGAGCGUAUAUCAUCGAUGAUGUUACUGCGAAGGAACUUGAUGAUGCCGUCUCUAUUGAACCCGUCAAGGGAGAAAAGGGAACUUAUUGGGUACACGCGCAUGUUGCCAAUCCUACCUCAGUUCUCCCUCCGACACACGCAUUUGCACUCAGUGCCAUGCGGGAAGGUACUAGCCAGUAUCUCACCCACCGUACUAUUCCACUGUUCCCAGAAUCUCUGACACACAACUCUACGUCGGGAUGGUCGCUUGGGUCGAGUUUGAAAAACGGCAAACCUUCACGCGUCAUGACGUUCAGCGCCAAGGUCAAUGAUAACGGCGACAUCCUCGACUAUCGUGUCCGCGCUGGCUUCCUCAAGAAUCUCAAAGUAGCUAGCUACGACGAGGUGGAUAAACAGCUCGGCUACGUCUCCCCAGUCGCAAUCACGCACCCGUUCGGCCCACCUACCGGUCAGCUCACCCGCGAGCCACCGACAUUCACAGAACAAGAGCGGAAGGAAUUACGGCUACUCGACAAAGUCGCGGGGGCUUUCCGACGCCGACGACUCAAGGAGGGUUCGGUCGUCAUGUCAAUGUACACAGGGGAUAUCCAAUUCGGCGAGUUCCCUGCUGGAAGUAUGACACCCAAAUGCACGCUUCGAGAGUUCGAAGGGUUCCCCGAGUUCACCAAGUACAGCGUCUACAGCAGUGACUUCGCUGAGAUCGGCGGAGCCCGUUCGUUGGUUGCAGAGGUUAUGAAGAUUGGAUCAAGGGUGGCGUCGAGGUUCGGCCAAGACCACAAGUUGCCUCUCAUUCGACGAGCGAUGGAGCCUGCUGUGUUCUUGGAUGAUGCAGCGAAGGAGAAGGCUCUCUCUCUGCGGAGCGAAGCUGGUGCUGUGCCACUCCGCAAUCUCAUGCCCUUGGUCAGCUUCAUCUUACCAGCCGAAUACACUUUGGAGCCCAAACAGCACUAUGCACUUGGUGUCACCGAAGGCGAAGGAUACUGCCGCGUCACUUCCCCCCUCCGUCGUGCUCUCGACCUCGUCACGCACUGGCAGCUCCACCAUGCCCUCCUUUCCGGUAAAACGGCCUCUCACUCCCCCGCGCGUCCUAUGUUCACCAAGGAAUGGGUCGAGAGAUUCAUGGCUUCCUACACCGUUGCUGAACGGAGCAAGAAAUCGGCAUUUGAAUUGCACGCGCAAUUCUGGAGGCUGAUGUUCUUCAAGCGGUGGCUGAAUGGACAGUUCAGAGGGUUGGGUGGCACAGGCGAGGUACCGCCUGUUCCGGACACGUUCAUGGCGGACGUGGUUAGCGUGCCGCGGGUGAAUGAGUGGACCAGGGUGUCGGCGAGUGAGGUUUCGCUACCGGAGUAUGGGUUGAGGGGCAUUUUGGAGACGAGGAGACCGCCUGCGGUGGGGUCGCAGGUGAAGGUCAAGGUCUCGGAUAUCCGGUUGGGUAUGAGGCCUAGGAUUACUUUUGUAGAGGCGUGA